CGUACCACGCUUGGCCGAUGACUGGAGAUGUGCCACAUAUUGGAAAAGGCGAUGCCGAACAGUGAAGAGCGGGAAUGCAAAUUUUCGACACACUGCCGCGCUGUGCUUGGGAUUUUCUUCAGCGAGGCUCGCCACGAUGAUUCUAGACCACGGGAGCCUCAUACGGGAGGCCCCGAGUUGCCUCCUGCUCAGGAACAAGCCACCAUAUUUAUGGCAUAAGGCCUUUGUCGCCUGGCAGAAUGGCAUUUCGUAGUAUUGGGCUGGUGUGCAUAUGCCCGAAUCGACGUCCAUGGACCGAAAAUACAAACCAAUUCGACCAGCAUUCCCCAGCCCGACUGCUGCCAGCGAUGCCGAUUCCGGAACCAAGAGCUCCAGUAACGACUCCAGCCAGACCAACACACUCUUACCAAGGAAACGGAUCCAGGUCAAGGUCGCAUGUGAUGCCUGCCGCGCCAAGAAGUCAGCCUGCGAUGGCAAGCGCCCUACAUGCGCCGCCUGCGAGCGUCGAGGAUCCGUAUGCACCUUUGUCAGACGCGGCAUUGAUUCUUCGGAUUCCUCUCCGUCUGCGCCAGGGGCGGAUCGAAACACGGAUGCCAGUGAGCUGCUUGGCCUGCUGACCUCAGUCCCUCCAGCUAUUGCUGCCGGCUUUUUGGAGGAUAUCAAAGACCAGGGCGACAUCUCCUCCGCGUUGGCCCAGAUAAAACAGAGGCGCGAUGCCCCCGGUAUAGUGGAGGUAUCGCAGCCGCUGGUACCACCAGACCAGGGGGCUGUCGAAUUUGAGCUCAUGUGUCGCCAACCGAUCAUGUAUCCACCACUGGUUGCUCUCGAUCUCACUCUCGACCCGACCAUUGGGAGCUCUAAGAAGCUGACCUGGGCCCCAAGUGACGAGGAUAGUGUUGCAGUACCGCCAAACGAAAGUACAUCCUCGAUCGACCCUCGACUGAGCGCCGUUGACAUGGCCGUGUGGACAAAGGUACUCGUGAGCAACGAAGAUGCCGCCCAGGCCUUGGCGUGGUACUUUGAGACCGACCAUCCCGUGCUGGGCUUGUUCGAUGCGGAUUUGUUUCUAGAGGAUCUAAGCCUCUACAACACGCGCUUCUGCACGGAAUUCAUGGUCAAUGCUCUCUCAAGCUGGGCGUUCAUGUCAAGUCUUGCACAUGCAGUUGAACUCGGCGAGUCCUUCUUGUUGGAAGCUACUGGCAUGUGGGAGCGCGGCGAGGAGGUCGACAGUCUACCCACGGUGGCAGCAUUGCAAUUCGUCAGCCUCACUGCCGAUAUUCUUGGCAAGGGGCACCAAGCUCUCGAAUAUCUGCGUCAUGCAGUUCAGAUGGGUCAGAGACUGGGACUUUUUGACGUCGUAGCUCCCGCUAUUACGGAUCCGUCGGACUUCAAGGCAGCGUGUCAAUGCGCCUGGGGUCUUUUCUCGUACGCCAACCUGCAUGGCUUCCAUUACCAGCGAAACGAACUGGGGACACUCCCCCCGCCAGCACUGCCGAUUCCACAUAGCCCAGCCUCGCUGCUAGUCCACGAAGCUCGACACCAGAGUGCCAUCUUCCCGUAUUUUGCACAGCUCUGGGCUAUCGUCCAAGGAAUCGUCUCGCGGUACUGCUCGGUGGACCAGCUGGCUGAGCCAUUGGAGCCCAACCACCACUUUGUCAGGUCCACGAUGCAACGUCUCCUUCACUGGGGCGCGCAACUGCCGCUGUCGCUUGUCCGUGGCAACCGGAUUACGCAUCAAGGGAUCACCCUCCACAUCAUGUUCCACUCGGCUGUGCUCUUUGGUCUUCGGCCCCUGGUAUCGGAAGCCAACCAUGCCUCUUUAAUGCCCGAUAGCGAGACAUUGUGUACUGCGCAGGAAAUCAGCAGGGCAUCGGCCAACCAGCUGCGACGGCUUGUCACCAUCUACCAGUCACAAUUUUUCCGAAACACACUCUCUAUUCUGUGGCAUACUGGCUGCCUAUAUCUAGCCAACGCAGCCAUGCCCUCCUUGACGGGACAGCCGGCGCAAGUGUCUGAUCUAUACCUCGCGCUAGCCGGCUAUCGGUCUCUCUACCCGCAGUACCCGGUGGCCCUGACAAUAUACAAAGGCCUUUUAGCCAUAGCCGUGGCAAGACGACUUGUUACUCAGCAGGAAGCUCUAGCAACCAUGGAGAUAAUCCAGAACAGGCAGUCGGGAGCCACCUCCCCACCCCCUCCGCCAGACCCUUCGACGACCUGCUUCAUCGUCGACCUCGACUUGGCCUUGACGGACCAGGCUAACGCACGGAUCGACCGCGUCGCACAAAAGUUCGACGACAUGGUCAUGUUUGACGAAUUCACAGUCAACCGUGCAGACGUGGACGGUGGGGUGGCUAUACACUGACGCCGCCGCCUACUUGCAAUACGAUUUUGGUCGAACCGAAUUAACAGCGAAGGUAGCCUAGCACCACACACAACGUGAGCCAAGACGC